AUGGCCUACCGCACUGCGUACAAAAUUCCCAUUGGAAUAACCCCUUUUUGUUUGGUUUACGAAAAAUCAUGCCACCUCCCUAUCGAGCUUGAACACAAGGCCUAUUGGGCGAUUCAAACCCUAAACUUUGACUUGAAAGCUGCUAGAGAAAAGUGGCUUCUACAGCUCAAUGAACUGAAUGAAAUUAGGCAAGAUGCCUACGACAAUGCCAAGAUCUUCAAGGACAGGACCAAAAGAUGGGACGACAGGAGCAUAAUCAGAAAAGAAAUCAAAGAAGGAGACCUUGUCCUACUGUUUAACUCAAGGCUAAAGCUUUUCUCAAGAAAGUUGUGGUCAAGAUGGUCCGAACCCUUCAAGGUCACUAAAAUUUUCCCUCAUGGAGCAGUAAAAAUAUGGAGCAAAACCUCUAGUGCCUUCAAGGUUAAUGGGCUGAGAUUGAAGCCAUACUUCUCAGGAGAUACAAUUGAGAAAGGAUUCACACAAUCCUACAGCAAUCCUCCAAUUCAAUCAUAA